AUGAAAGUAAUAUCAGGCUUAUUAUUUUUCAUUUUAAUUAGUUGUUCUUUAUUUUUAGUUCAAGGACAAGUUGAUUGUGUCACAAAUUCAAGUGAUGCUAGUUGUACCAAUUUUCAAUAUCCAUUGGCAAAUAUAACAGCAGAUAUCAAUAAUUUAUGUGGUAGCAUGCCUUAUAUGCCAGUUUGUACCAUUCAACAAUCAUGUAAUCAAGAAUCCUCAACAAGUGGUAUUUGUGAUCCAUUCUCAAUUCUUGGUGAUAGUUGUCUUCACGAUAUGCCAGGCAUGAGUGGUUGUAAUAACUUUAAGAAAUUAUGUGCAUCCGGUUCAGUCGUUGAACAAUGUUCAACCGUUGACUCUGUUACCGAUCUUCCAACUACAAUGAAAAUGUGGGCAAAUAUUAAAAGUAUUUGUAAUGAAAUGACAAUGACAGGUUGUGAAAAAUGCACAAUAUUAAAUGCCACUUGUGAUGUAUUAACAGUUUAUUCCACUCUUUGUCUUGCAAUGCCAGAGAUGGGUCAAUGUGCCAACUGGACCCAAAUGUGUGCUUCUUCUGGUAACAUGGCAAGUUCACCAAUCUCCUCGGGAAUUUGUACUGAUGAGCCAACACCUGCAACAGAUUGUUUCACCAAUCCAUCCGAUCCAAGUUGUGCAGACUAUGUUUAUACUGCUGCCAAUGCAAAUGCCGAUAUCCUUAACCUUUGUAAGAGUAUGCCAUACAUGACAGUAUGCUCCAUUCAAAAAUCAUGUAAUCAAGAAUCAUCAACAAGUGGUAUUUGUGCUCCAUUUUCAAUUCUUGGUGAUAGCUGUCUCCAUGAUAUGCCAGGUAUGAAUGGUUGUUCAAACUUUAAGAAACUCUGCGCAUCAGGUUCAGUUGUUGAACAAUGUUCAUCAGUCGAUUCAAUUAGUAAUUUACCAACCACAAUGCAAUUAUUCGCUGGUAUUAAAAGUAUUUGCACAGAGAUGGCAAUGGAUGGUUGUGAGAAAUGUUCAGGAAAUUCACCAACUACCACCUGUGAUGUUUUGCCAGUUUACUCCUCCCUUUGUAUGGCUAUGCCUGAUAUGUCACAAUGUGCCAAUUGGACCAAGAUGUGUUCCUCCUCUGGUCAACUCUACAACUCUCAAAUCACAUCAGACUAUUGUGUCGCCUCUGUUGCUGACGCCGUUCCAAUCAUGAGAAUGUACUUUCACACUGGUAUCUUGGACUAUAUCCUCUUUAAAUCUUGGGUACCAAGAACUGACCGUCAAUUUGCUGGUUCAUGGUUUGCCAUCUUUUUCUUUGCUAUCUUUUUUGAACUCGAAAAAACCCUUAGAAGUAUUUUAGAAAAAAGAUGGACUCCAAACAAAAAAGAUUCAGAAGAUAAUAAUUUAAUUAAUUCAUCUUUCUUAAGUGGUUCUUAUCCAAAAUUCUCUUAUAGAGAUAUAAUUAGAGGAUGUUUACAUGCUAUCGAACUAACAUGUAGUUAUGCUUUAAUGCUUGUUGCAAUGACAUUUAAUGUUGCACUCUUUUUUGCAGUAAUUGCAGGAGUUUUAGUUGGUAAUAUUCUCUUUGGUAGAUAUCGUAACUAUACUCCAAGAGUUACUUGUUGCGAGUGA